GGAAAUACGGUGAAGAGCCGAUGUGGUCAAACAAGACUGCUCGUCACUCUUCCCUUCUCUAGAACGCUGCACCUUUUUGGACCAAAGAUGUUGUUGGUCACUUGACACGCGCAAAUGCAGCUCUGUCUCACACCUCUCAAGGCAACGUGCGUGCGGCGCCGUCGUGUCUGAACGCUGAUUCCCUUGUGCAAAUACUGAGGUGUAUUUCUCGUGCCUCGAUCUUCCGCGAAUUCGACACGAUGACUGCUGUACGUACGCAAGAGAAGAUGAGCGUAAAGACACUCACACCAUUCCAAUCGGUGAGGGUGGCGAGCUGCGCGCAGUUGGGCAAAAUCCAACUAGCUUCUCCAGUCAAAGCGACUGCGCGGACGAGGAAGAAGAGGGAGCUGCCGCAUACUCGCUGAGGUGGGUGAGUCGGUGGGGACUGCUGCUGGUGCUCGUAGUUGUCAAUACCUGCAGCGAUGCGCUGGCACACCGCAAGGAGAGGUUGAGAGAGGCCGAAUGAUGGAGCUGCGUUCGACGGCCAAUGCAGCAUCUUUGACAGCCUGACAGCUACCCAACUUGGACUACAGUCAAUGGCGGACUUGCUGAAGUGUGCGAGGGCAACCCCACACGCCUGGUGCUUCCCGCACAACCGUGUAUGGCAGGAAUGGCCGUCAGGGCCCACCACCCCGCGUGGGAAGGACGCGAACCGGCGGAGGUCGACGCUCCUCCGAACCGCGGCGACGCAGCGGGAAGCACUUCAUUGGGCUGCGCCUCGUGAGCGGCCUCCGAGGACUCCACGACGUACCGCAAAGCGGGAUCCCCACGCCGCGCCCGCUGCGACAGAACCUCCUUCGCCUAAACGUGGCGACUCCCAAAGUUGGUGA